AUGAGCUUGAUUUGCGAGGAAGAUGAAAGAAGGGAACAGAGGGAGUGCUUCGAUGGCUUGAGAUCGCGGGAGUCGGGAAACUCGAAGCGGUGCGAAUGGGUUGGCGUUCGAGCGUAUUUAUACGUGGUGGGAAGGAGACGAGAUUGUUGGGAGUUGGAGGUGAUACGGGCCGCUGGAGAUGGACGGCCAGUAUUGACUGGAACUUCUGGAUACGGAUCACUGAGGUGGCACAUAGUACAAACCUCAAAGGUCCUUUCUUACAUCUCAGAACGAAAUGUUACAGUGAGCAUCCAUGAUAUUUUCUUUCAGAAAAUUUCUUUUCUUCUUAGACCUCACACGGUUGUUUCUGUUCAUGUGCUUGAUCGACAGCCUCCCUUCGGAACUCCAAUCCAAGCAAAGGAUGCAGUAAUCUGCAAGUUCCCAGAUGAUCCAUCCAUCUUACUGGGAACUCUAUCGGUCGUCACACUCGUUCUAGCUGCCAUUGCAGGGCACGUUGCUGUUUACUUCCCUUACAAGGGCAAGUCGGUCCCAAGAAAUGCUUUGUUUCGGAGCGCUACCUUGUCGACAUUCUUUGUCCUCGCCGAGGUACUCACGGUUCUGGCUUUGUUGAUGCUGCUGUGGACUACCAUCAGCGAAAGCCUCCACAGGUCUCGCAACGUGCACCGUGAUCUCACCACGCAGUGCCCAACCGCGAAGACGGGGCUCUUCGGCGGUGGCGCCUUCCUCGCCCUCGAUGCCGCUCUCUUUUGGCUUGUUUGCCAGAUGCUAACACUGAAUGCGAGGUCGGAUUACUUGGACGAGGACGACACCAAGGGAGAGUACGUUGACGUCUGCACCACCGAGUUUGAUGUCGCUGAGACGCAUCUCCCCACUGCGUAG